AUGCAGUUCAAGGUCCUCGCCCUCAUUUCCGCCCUCGUGGCCACUGCUGCUGCCACCAUCGACGUGGCGUUCAGCGGCUACUACCUUGCCGACUGCGUUUCCCCGAGCAUUGAGUCCGCCAACGUCAUCUCCGGUGGCUGCGGACCAGCUCAGGGUCUGCCGUUGAAGUCUUUCUCUGCGCAUGUCUACUCCGGUAGCUGUGAUGAUAGCACGACCUCGCCCGUCUUGAAAGUUUACACCGCCACGGGAUGUACUGAAGAGUCCUUGUAUGGCGAGUACGGAGUCAACAGCACCACUCAGUGCUUUGAGGUGGAUGCGACGUUCUUGAGCAGUGAGGUUGUGUGCGAGUGA